CUUGCAUACCGUACUGGCGUCUCCUGUGAUUUAACCCAUGCCGUCAAAACCCAUCAGGCACCCCCAUGCCAGAUGACUUUCGUGCAGUUAAUGACAACUAGCAAUCCAUGCAUUGAUAUAUUGUUUACAUGAAAAAAUCAGUUCAUAAAGUCGAAACAACAGUCAUUUAUGUAGGAAGAUUUAUGUAUCAACAGAGAAGAGUUUAAACAAAGAGGAUCCGCAGUUAGAGAUGGCAAGUUAUUGGGCAGAAGACGACGAGGAUUCGGGAUAUGUUAGGGUUGCAGGAUCUCAGCUACAAGUGAAUAAGUCUAAUGACGGGACCGGUGUGUACAGUACGGAAAUGAGUAACUUGCACGAUUCGGGAUAUGUUAGGGUUGCAGGAUCUCAACUACAAGUGAAUAAGUCUAAUGACGGGGCCGGUGUGUACAGUACGGAAAUGAGUAACUUGAACGCUGUGAAACGACUUAACAAGAACUUAUCCCACCAAAUACAAACUUUGAAAGAUGAAAUAAAAGGCUUUAAAGCUGAAAAGAAUGCAUUAACUGAAACCCAUAAAAAAAUAUUGACAGACAGAAACGAGAAACUAACAAGGUUUUGGCUAAGAAAAAUGAAAUUCAGAAAAGAGAAGAGCUUCACAUAGAGGAAAUAAAGAAACUGAAAGCAGAGGUACAAUUUCUUGAAAAAACGGAAACUGAACUUAGAGAUAAGAUAAAAAUGCUAGAGGCUACAGGAUACAAACACGAAUAUGAAAAGGAGAGGCGUGACAUGUCAGCUUCGAAGACAGAAAUAAAAAAGCUGAAAGAACAAAUUGCAGUUCUCGAAAAGGCCUUAGAGGAAAGGGAUAAACAUUUAGUAAAGACAAAGGAAGAGAACAGCCUUAUGGCAGCUGGUUUCGACCGCACGAUUGGGGAAAUGAGAAAAGAGCAUGAAAAACUGGAGGCGAAUAUGACUUCAAUGAAACGUGAUCUUCUACAUAAGAUGGAAGACAAUAACCAAGGUACCAAGGAGAUGUUGCGUAACCUUCAGGAGCUAAUUUUGGCAGAGAAAGAGAAACAGCCAAGCCUCGAACCAAGCCCAAGGAUAGAGCCGCAAAUCAAUGUACUUCCACCAAUUAAUAUCACAAAAUCUAGUUCUCAUGCUGGUUUGAAAUCAACUUACUGGAAACCUUGAUAUUAUUCAUGGCAAACUUCAAUACUGUUAUAUAACAGCCGACGUUAUACACUUUAGUCAGAUAUUUGAAAACCAUGCCUGAUCUCUUGAGUGAGUUAGGUUAAUUUUUGUUAAUGCUGUCAUAAACCCAUUCAUCUAUCAUUUAUAUAUCAAAGAAUUAUGAAAGGUGAUGUUCACUUUUGACCCAAAAUGGCCUAAAAACUGAAAGUCUCUAAAUGGAGUGAUUUCUAAGUUUUGUUUUGCUUUAUCAAACUGCACGCAAUAUUUUACAAUUUGUUUAUUAUCGAAGAAAAAUUCUGACGUAAAUGAAAAUACUUUCUAACAUGAUAUGUAUAGAAACGUUCAGAAUUUAACCGAUUUUUAUACAAAUCUGGAAUUUUCAAUAUGGACAAAGCUGUCGACCAUAAUAAAAAUUAAUUCUUUGAAAGAAGCUUCACCUAUAGUCAAAACAUUUCUGUGGUCCUUGACUGUGCUUACUACUGAAACAUUCCCAGUAAGCGCAGAUUUUUUCUCUUGAUUUUGUGAGAAGUAUUAAUUUUUUACUGUAUCCAAGUAACCUAUUGAUGAAUCUUCAUGACAUCUUACACAAAUGUGAAUGUGGGGCGGUGUCAGGAUCACUUAAAUAGAGUUUUUGCCCUUUAUUUUACAACACAUAAAUUCCUACAUAACAUUGUAAUUCAGUGAUAGCCCUUCAUGUAAUAUAACAUAACAUAGAUCCUGAUAGGGUAGUGGCACAUAUACAUCUUUCAUUAGGAUCUCUUCAAAUAUUGAAGAAUUAUUGUCCUUGAUUUAUUUUAAAAUUCAAAAAUUUCCACGAAACAAAGUAACUCAUCAAUAGAUCUUCAUGAAACUUAAUACAAAUAUAUGUAAUAACUGGACAAAGUUUUUCAUUUGAUUUGAACCAACAAUCUUUGAACAGUCCAGUAAUAAAUGACUUGUGUAUAUCUACAAAUUAAAUAUCUUUCAGAAUCAUUGUGCCCUCAUUCACAAAGUCAACCUAUUUGGCGGGGUGUACAUGUAUUUGAAUUUGCUUGUUCCCUUUUGUAACAGAAAAUGAUCAGUUUUAAGAUACACUCAGUUCCAAAAGAAAGUGUGCACUUAGUUUUCUGUUAUUUUUUCUCGGUUAUUUUCAUGAAAACUUAUAAUGUUUGGUACGAAAAUUUAAAUCAGUUCGUAAACAAAUUGGUGUGCAUUUUAGAUUUUGAGUUAUACCCGAGAGUUAGUGUAUGAAAAAUGAAACAAUAACGUCGGGGAUUUUUUUGAAAUAUUUAAACUUAAAAGUGCACUUUCUUUUGGAACUGAGUAUAUUGAAAAGAUCCUUUUAACAUGUUCUAUGGAAGAUUAUUUAUGCAAAAAUUCUAUUAUUGUAUUUGAUCAAACGCUUUAUGAUUAAUGACAACUAUUAUUGCAUUUGGUCAAAUGCUUUAUUGUUGACGACAAACAUUAAUGCAUUUGGUCAAAUGCUUAAUGAUUCAUGACAAACAUUCAAUUGCAUUUUGUCAAAUGCUUUAUGAUUGUAGACAAAUGUAUGUUAUGUAACGCAAUUUUGAUGAAUAUAAACACUAUAUGCUUGGUGUUUGAUAACAUACUUCCUGCAUAGCUCUAUAUCAAAUGUUCGCAUGCAUAUACUUCUAUUAGUCUGAUGCACAGAAUAAAUCAACUGUUUGCAUGUAUGACCAUACUUUGAUUUUGUAAAGUAGCUCUUCCAUAAUGCGUUUGCAUUAAUUACAGUUUUAAAUAGGAAAAAAAGAAAUUUCGACACUUGGCACGGCGACAAUGCACUAUCCACCAUACACUAAGUUCCUUGACUUCAACGAAGCCGGGAACCGGCAAAUUUUGAUAAAUUUUAACGCUAGGGGCGCCACUUGUCCUAAAAUUAUAAGGACUGAUCCCCAGGCUUGUUCAAUUGCUAUAAAGGAACAACAACGAACAA